AACAGGAUGUGAGUUGAGCUGUUUUGGGGUGAGGCGCUGCGUUCAGGGGCGCACAACUUUCUGUGUGUUUGCGCAGUUUCGCAGUUAGUCACACAAUCUGGAUGUACCUCAAUACAGAUUUCAAACCCGUGUGGCUCUGCGUGGGAGUGUGGAGAUCUACGAAACCAGCAGAGCAGGCUGCUGCAGGGCGCAGUUCCCACACUGUCACCGUCUCAUGUGUGGUUUAGCCGCUGAUGCGGGGAGAAAGUUGUGGACAUGUUUUCCUGAAGUGCACAGUUUUACUGAUCCACCGUGCAACAUUACAACUCCAGUGUUCAUGAGCCUCUCCAGCCUGUUCUGACUUUGGAUUAUGUUUGGGUUGGACUGUACUCUUGCUCGUUCGCCAUAUUGCGCGCUGUGAAACUCGGAGGAAAGUUGUCAGAGUUAUGACAUUUGCUGCGCACAAUCCCUUCAUGGAGCUGCAUGCAGUCGACUUUGAUCGAAACCAAAGUGACUCCAUGGAGCCAGCCAUGGAGAGCUCUGUGCACCCUUGAUCAGGUCCGGCUUCAUAGAGAAGUGGAAGAGAAGAAUGGACAGAAAAGCUCAGAUUUGAUUCAAGAAGGAGGGUUGCAUGCUCCCCACCCUGCACUUUCCUCUGGGAUUUAUAUUUCCUCCCAAAUACCUCCUGUAUAAACAAUUAAACAAAGAGUUCCUCAGCCACAGACACACUAACUCUGUUUUGCACAUUUGGAAAUCAAGAUUGAGAGCUCUGUCUCCAAUGUUUUUGUACUUUUAAAACAUUACUAUGAGUCUUCCACCUCAAGGGAACACGGACAAGAGCGGCAAGCAUCGAGGUGCAGCCAUGAAAGAGCCUGUGCAGCACUCAGGGGAGGUUUAUUAUGGCAUGGGACCUCCAACUUUAGAGGCUAGUAAUUCUGCCAGCAGCUCUGGUGUUUAUAACCAAGAGAAAGGGGCCCAAAGUCUGCCACACUAUCAACAGGCUGCCCCCGUAAAGUGGAUGCACCAGGACUCUGUGCAGGCCCCAGGCUGGUCACAGGAAGCCCCAGUGCCAGCCUGGGGGCAGAACUUUGGCCCCUACAUGAGCGGAGUUAACGUCAGGGGUCAAAUGGCAUUCCACAAAGGGGUCCAUGAGGGCGUAGCUCUGCCAUUGGGGGGAGAAAAUCAGCUGCCGGGACCGGUGGAGGCCUACAGGGAUGCUACACAGGCUCCAGUUCAGGGGAGGGGGCACGAGUGGGAGCAGCAUGCUGCCAUGCAUCAGGCUCAGCUGCAAGCAUACCAACAAGCACACAAAGGUGUGGAGCUGCAAGGUCAGCCCCAUGUGGCCCCUCACUCUCUGCAGGGGUCCAUGCUGCAACCUUUUCAGGCAACUUUCAGGCCCAGCAAGCAACAGUUUCCACCUCGUCAUUACCCAGUUUUUCCUGGCAACAAGACAGUGCCAGGCCUGGCAUACAGCGAGCAACCCAAAACUCAGCAACGUCUGCUGCAACAGAUGCGGCAGCAACAAAUACAUCAUCAUCACCAGCAACAGCAGCAGCAGCAGCAGCAGCAACAACAACAACAACAGCAACAACAACAACAACAACAACAACAGCAGCUGUUUCAACAGCAUCAGCUUCAGUUGCAACAGCAACAAAUGCAGCAACACCAACAACAGCAUCAACUCCAACAGCAUCAAAUGCAACAGCAACAACUGAAGCAAAUGCAGCAACAGUAUCACCAGCAACAGCAGCAGGAGCGGCAGCAACAACUUCAGCAAAUGCAGCAGCAGCAAAUGCAACAAAAUGCACCACAGCAAGAAACAGCACAACUUCAAGUGCAACCAAAACAGCAAGAAACCCAAAAUAUUGUGACUCCUCCACCACCUGAGCCUCGUCCUCCUGAUGCUAAAAAAGAAGAUGCAAUAUCAGCUGAGCAGCAGGAGCCAGAAGCUAAAACCAGUGAUGCAACAUCCAGACCUGAUCCAGGCCCUGAAAAUGUUCCAGCAAAUCCUGCAGAGCCCUCAAAUGCACAACAGUCUGCACCACGGCGAUCUCGUCGCUUGUCCAGAGAUGGACAGUCCCCAUUAGGUCCCCCUUCCACAAACCUGUGGACUCAAGCAUCCAAAGAGCCUCAACUGUCACAAAACGGAGUGAAAGGAGGAGAAAGCCAAGUGCCAACAGGAGGAGUCAUCCAGAUCACCAGCCGGAGGAGGAGAGCAUCCAAGGAGAUCAACCUGGAGACUCUGGCCCAGAAGGCGUCAGAAAUGGAGCCUGCGAAAAUGGCUAAGGUGGACAGUCCUUCAGGCAGACAGGCCAACAUGGUUCCUCUGGUCAUCCCUGUGUCUGUGCCGGUUCACAAGACUCACACAGACCCUCAGGGUGGCUGGCCUCAGGGAAGACUAGGUCCAGGUGAUCGGCCUGCUGGACAGUCUGAUAGGAAACCUUCUGUCAUUGUGGCUCGACGGCGAUCACUCAGGAGCACCAUGAAUGAGAGCUUUGGCCAGGAUGGAGAGGAUCAGGGUCUAGAUGAAGAUGGAAAAUCCAAACUCAAGCGCCGACCUCGUCCUGAGCCUCUAAUCAUCCCUCCGCACAAACCCGCCACCUUCAUCCCUCCAUCCCUCUACCCUAGCAUCACCUCCUACCAGAGCAACCUGCGUUCCCCUGUUCGCCUGCCAGAUAAUCCCCUCACCCUGCCCCCGUACACACCUCCACCCAUCCUGUCUCCUGUACGUGAGGGGUCUGGACUCUACUUCUCUACCUUCCUGACCAAUAUCGCAAGCAACCAAAUCCUGCCCCCACCGGCUACGCCCAAGUCCGCUUCACGAAGUCUUUUGCGCUCCACAAGUUCCGAUAUAACUCCUCCUGUUCUUCCAAUGAUAUCUGAUGUUACACCUGUUAGCCUUGAACCGCGUAUCAACAUCGGGCUGAAGUACCAGGCAGAAAUUCCUGAGGUGCAGGAUCAACUUUCCUCACAGUUAGACCAGCACAAGGCCAAUGUGGUCUGGCUCCCUCUGGACGAGUCCAAGCUCAAACCUGGUGAUCAAGAGAGGGUGGAUGAUUUGAUGAACAUGGCUUGCUCCAGUGUGCUCAGAGGAGGAGGAACCAAUCAGGAGAUGGUGUUACACUGUUUACAUGAAUGUGGAGGUGACAUCCUGGUAACGCUUGCACGUUUGAUGCACCAGGACCCAGUUUUCCCCAGAGGCCAUGACCUGGCAGGUUAUCACUACUCAGGCUCCGACUGCUGGACUGCAGAGGAGAAGCACUACUUCAAUAAGGGGAUCUCUGCCUACAGAAAGGACUUCAUUAUGGUGCAGAAACUGGUGCGAACCAAGACUGUGGCUCAGUGUGUGGAGUUUUACUACACGUACAAGAAGCAGGUAAAGAUUGGACGCAACGGGAUCUUGACAUUUGGACCCCCGGAUUCCCCAGUGGAGAAGUACACAGAGGCUGUGGUGGAUGUUAAGGGUUCACAGCAGGUCAAACUGACUCAAGCAGAGGCUGAUGGAGAUGACAAGAGAGUGGUUACCUAUGACAUGGAUAGCAGCCAUCAGGCCAGGGUGGCUCAGUCACUACAGGCUCAUGACUAUGCGGGGCCGAUGGUGAUCAAAGAGGAGACGGUGAACAGAGACCCUUACCCCACAGCAGUACCUCACAGGCCUCGAGCUGAGCCUGCAGCCAAGAAGCCAAGGGCACCGGCAAAGCCUCCAACGGAUCCUGAUGCAGUAUUUCCAUGCAAGAAAUGUGGCAGGGUGUUUCACAAAGUGAAGAGUCGUAGCGCUCACAUGAAGAGUCAUGCUGAGCAGGAGAAGAAGGCUGCGGCGCUACGUCUCAAGGAGGAAGAGGAGCAGGCAGCAGCUGAAGCUCGAGCCAGGAAGAUGGCGGCAGCGACAGCGGCUGCUCUUCAGAGAGGAAAUGGGAACGGAGUGACGGAGCAGGCGGAGGUCAGCAGCCAGGAAGACUCAUCGGAGGGCGAGGAUGAUGACGAUGAAGACUGGCACUGAGAGACCCGUAGCAGACAUUAUGAGAUGGACUGGUGGGGAAACAGAAGAUAAAGAUGGAGAUAUUCUGCCCCACAGAGAGAAGAAUUAAAAGAAGAAAAAGUCUUCCUGUUAGCCUUCACACUCCUUCACAUUUGUAUCUUUUAUAUACUGAGAGGAAGUUUAUUUUUUUGUAAAUGCACUUCAACUGUUUGCUUCUGCUUUUGCCUUUAUUGCCUUUUAUAUCCUUUAUUUAAUUGAUUAUAUGUCAAAACAGAACACACUUUCAUCGCUCGGACCUAGUGGUGAUGUGAUAUUUCAUAAGCGAAUCAGGAAGCCAAUCAAAAAAAAGAUCAAAGCAAAUCUUUCACUUUAUAGAGGUGGUCCUUUUUAAAAAGAAAAAAAGAGUCUAAAUAAGAGCUUGUAUUCAAAAAGGAAAAUACUGUGCAGAUUUCCAUCACAUUCACAGGUUGGUCAUACACUUAUUUUUUACAACUAAGGGAUGUUUUUGAAAUGAAAAUGUACAAAAAAGUAUAUAUGAGAUUGCCUUAUAUUUAUGAUGCUGCAUUUUGCAAUGAUUUAGGUAAUAUAAAAACUAAUCAAUGUCAGCUGCAAUAUGACUUGUGAAUUGAGAAGUCUAUUAAAAUCUUUACUGUUCA